ACACGCGCCGUGUCGUGUUGUUUACAUCAAGACCUUGAGGAGAAGAAGACGGCGAAAAUAUUGCAUAUGAAUACUUGGAAACUACAAGCUUUUGCUUAUCAGUGUAUCUCAAAGAUAAAAAUGUUUAUUUGAAUUUUAGUAAUUUUCAUUCGUUUGAUAGCUCUUUGGUAUUUUUCAAUCACUCGCGUUUAUUUUGGCCAUCAGUGUCAUGGCUGGAACUGAGGGGUACCGAGGUGGAGGCAAUGGUGGAGGCCGAUACAAUGGUGGUGGAGGGGGCCGAUAUGAAGGAGGUGGUGGUGGGAGGUAUGAUGGUGGCAGAUAUGAUGGUGGUGGGGGUGGUGGAGGUCGUUAUGAUGGCCGUUACAAUGAUCGAGGAGGAGGAGGAGGGGGUGGUGGUUAUGACAGACGACAACCCAAGCCUAUGCCCACUGAGCCGCCAUUCACAGCAUAUGUAGGGAAUCUGUCCAUCCAAUCAGUGCAGGGAGAUGUUGAGCAUCUCUUCGAGAGUGAGGGACUGAAAACAAAGAAUGUACGAAUGGUUCAUGACAGGGAGACGGGUAACUUCAAAAGAUUCUGCUAUGUGGAAUUUGAGGAUGGAGCCGACCUGGAGAAGGCAUUAGAACUUGACGGCGCUCAAUACAUGGAGUGCUCCAUUAGAGUUGAUAUUGCUGAUCAACCCAAGGGCCGAGGUGAUCGAGAUGGUGGUUUUGGGGACCGAGGGCGUGGCAGAGGCCGAGGUAGAGAAGACUACGGCGGCCGUAGAGAUGAUUUCCGUGGUGGCCAUGGCGGUGGUGACUGGGGCCCAGGCGGCGGUGGAAGGUACCGUGACGGCGGUCCUGGUGGCAUUCGCGGUGGGUUCAACGAUCGAGGAGGUGGUGGCUUCGGCGGCGGUGGUGGAUACGGUGGGGGACGGUUCUCUGGUGGAGGCGGUGGUCCCGACUUCGGUGGUGGGAGACGCGAGCGGCGGGACAGCGACCGUUCCCGCAAUGCCGAGGAAUUCCGGGAGCCAACUGCCGAGGACGUGGCCAACAGACCCAGGUUGAAGCUGUUGCCGCGCACCGUCAAGGAUCCCAUCAACCAGAUCGCUGCUGCUACCUCCAACGCCAGCAUCUUCGGCGAGGGCAAGCCUCGGGACGAGACCAAGUUCUCAGCCAAGCCGUGAGCGUCUCCCAUAUCCCUUGAUGGUAUGGAAUUCAGGCGCCCGCACUUCGUUCAAGAGACGUCUCCUCAUCUCUGCGCCUGAAGCGUCAGACCUACAGACUUUCCCCAAUUACUAACUUGAAGCCCUCCUGACAUCUUGGUGACAUCUUCUCACAGAAAUAAUAGCUCUAUGUAUGGAAAUUAAUAUCGGGUUUUAGUCUCAACGUUUCUUGCCAUGAUGGUCAGUUUUUUACUAACUCUUGAUUGGCGUAUAGGACGCUACUGAGUCUAUAUUUUGCACUGCCGUUUACUGCUACUCAUUUAUGUCAGAUUACAUUGAGUUGAAAGAAGCCAUGUCAUGAUUUUGCCUAGAGACUAUCUAGGAAACAAGAAGCUUUCUCCUGAUGUUCAGGCUUUUCUAUUCUGAAAAUCCUAACCAUUUCUCGAACAGCUAUCUGAUAAUUUUGCGACUCUUUUAUCUACUAACUUUUUUUGAGAUGUACUCUCACUGCUGGCGUGUGGGGCUUCUGUGUGUUCCGCUUUUCCAUUGAAUUGAAGUUUUAGAGUUGUUUUGUUGAUGUCUCGUAAUAAUAUCUCUUGACGGUAAGUCAAGCCCGAAUAACCGUUGAUUAUCUCGUUUUUAAAUCCUGUAAGCGCGUGCUGCCACGUUCUUAGUGACAACAGUUGCCGGCAUGUCUGCUACUUUGAGCCCUUCUUUUCGUAAACUUAAGAUUAACUGAUUUCUUAAUAUCUCCAUCAUCGCUCAUGAUUUUAAAUUACUUGGUUUACCUUAUAACAGUGGAAACUGCUUUCGCGGACUUGGAAACCUUGUCGAAAGUUUCCUGUGUCAUGUGGUGUAGAGAAUGAAUGAAAUUCGCUUAAACGAUUGAUACUUUAUAUUGUACGUUGUACGACCCGCCGUCUGGGGCUGCUAGCGUCAUGGCUGGAGGAGAUACACGCGCGUACUAGCUAUUAUCCUUCAAGUCUAGAUAGUAGCUAUUCUCACUACGUUCCUAUACACUUCCCACAACUUUCUGUGCUUGUAUUUUUUUUCUUGAAUUGCAGACUAGAUUGGACUAGAAGUCCUAGGUUCACGUGUUUCUUGAUGCUUUUGACACUUCAAAAACACGACUGGUACCGGCGCGCGCUCGCGUCGCAGGUAUCACUUUAACAUGGAACAUUUUUUUAAAUUUCAUAACGCAGCCACUGAUUGGAAACUUGGGUUGUUCUGAGAACUUCUUUUAUAUAGAUUGCUGCCCGGCGUUCAUUCAUUCUCUGUUCUUCCUACCUCACUUUCUUUGUUGGAUUUUGUCAAAAUAGGCACUAAUGAAGGGAAGAUUUAUGCAGAAAAAUUGAAUGGUGGCAGCACAGCCCAUGAGAAAGGGCUUUAAAACAUAGCCCAAUCGCUCUCGUUCUCGACCACACUACUAUUCAGGCAUUCACUCGGGAACAUGAAGUGACAACGUUCUCAUUCCAAACUAUAAUUUGGUGAGUAUAUGAAGUGUCAUCCAAUAGAAUUAUUCAUUUGAAAACGAGCUGCUAAGACACGGAAACUGGUCGAGAUCCAGAAGUUUGGCUGUAGCUGACGUUUAGCUUCUAAGACUUGUUUGGCUCUGAGCAUCAUUUGAGCUCAUUUAAAUCCUUUGCUUUUCUCCUGGAACUCGCUAGCUGUCAUCCUAUUGUCUUGCUUCACUUUCGAUCAGUUGUUGCCUUAACUAGAAACAUCGGAAUCGACUGUGAAAUGUAAUAUACAGUUUAAAAAGUUCAAAUCUUAUUCUAGUACUAAUUCUAUAGUGUAUAGAAGUAUUCGUCUAGAGAAGAUUUAGAUACGUCGAGGCGAAUGGUGGAGUUUUGAGGCGCUUGCUCUCGCUCCGCUUCCCAAGUUAUUAAUGCAGCAUAAAUCUUAGGUAUUUGUUCCUCAUUAUUUAAGGUGCUCAGUUGAAGGAACCUCUUCUCUCUUUCUUUAAUAUCUGCGGCUGUUUUGGAGCGUCCAUAUUGUUUGAAAACUAUUUGCUUGGAACUUGGGGGUUUGCUUAUCUUCUCUCUCUCUAAAUCAUCAAUAUAUAGAAUAGUUGUAUUUAGUUGUAACCUGGUUUACGUGCGCUUUACGACCUUAACGCUCCGUCUUUGAACCACUAUACCGGAUUAGCUGUGCCAGUAUCCCAAUUCUAUGGAACGAAAUGUGAUUUUUUUUCUUGCUAUCGGGAUUUCUUGAUUGGUGGAAUUAGUUGAAGGUGUCGAAUCUAUCCAGUGUUUUUGUAUCGGCAUUAGUAUAAUUAUUUUUUUACAUUAAAUCAAAUCAACAUGGGACGAGGAGACUCGUGUUCAUGUGUUUAACGCAACUAUAAUUUGCCUUGCCUCGAAUCUAAUCCGGCAUGCACUAUAUUUUGUGCCGUUGGUCCGCAAGCUUUUUUUUACAAUUGUUCCUAAAAGUAACCAUUGCUCAGCAGCAGGCGAGUGUCUUAGCCUCGUGUAGGACAUCCAUAGCUUGCGUUUCAUGGUCGUGGAUUGUAAAUUAGGGAGUCGACGGAUUGGGUGUCAUGCUCGUUCUCUGCUCUAAUCUUUGGUCUGAUGAUUUUUAGUUGAGUUUCAGUGAAUUUCUGGUUUGCGUGUGCGUGGAGAAGUUUACCUCCUGUUUAGUGUGUUAGUGCACAGCUGAGACUGCUAAGUAUCUGGGGUUAAUAAUUUGUCUAAGAUCACUGUACUAUAGUACUAUGCGUCCUGUUUUCAAUACUUUCAACUUCUUGUAAAGAGACUAGCGAUCUAAGGUUGGUGUGAGUACUCGCGUUAGUUCCAAUUUAGUCUCCGUAAUUCAUCAUGACUGUCGUGAUAUCAUCUUUUUGUUGAGCGGCCAAUCGUUGCUGCGGUGCGAAGUGUAGACUUUCGUACUCCAUUAAAAAAUCCAUAAAAAUGCAAAAGAAAAAAAUCGAUAAAGAAGUCAUUUCUAACUUUUGCCUAUGAUAAGUGGAACGCAUUUUGCAUAGUCAGUGUUGUUUAGUAAUAAAUAUGAUACGAU